ACUUCAAAAUGGCUACAAAUCAUAAUACGACGUGAACUGUCAGCUGUGUAGUAAUUUUUGUUUCUUUGUGUUUAUUAAUCUUAAAAAUGCUAUGAUUUCUACAUUAUCGUGAAUAUGGGUGCAAAAGACUCAAAACCUUGUUUUAUAUCGUAUGAAGAUGCAGAGAAACGAGUGUCUGAGGGUGAGUUGAGACGUAUCCGCGAGGCGUUCAAAAGAUGUGCUGGUGCGAACGGCACGGCCUUGAGCUUGGACGCAUUCGUCCACGAAGUGUUAUGCGAUGGAGUUCCGUAUGAGGUAGCCGAUUGGCUUUACCAGGCCUGUGGCGGCACCAAACGAGGAAUCAAUUUUCGAGACUUGCUGCGCGGAAUCGUAGUCCUAACUAAAGGCAGCCUUGAAGAGAAAAUCAAGUUUUUGUGGACUCUGUAUGUAAACAACCAGAGUGAUAAUGGCACGUACAUAUACAAGAGGGAUUUUGCCCGAGCCCUGCAUCUGGAGAACACAUCGUUGCCAGUAACUGGGGCUCAGAGGAGUGCAGAGAUACUCCUGGGCCUCUUUGGAUCUGGAGAGAAAGUGACUUUUGAGCAAUUUCGCUCUUGGUUGCUCAUACACAAGGAUGCCACAGUGCUGUCGAAAUGGCUGUUGGCGGAGAGAGGGCAUGUCACACAGGAGUUGGAGACUCCCACUUUCUAUCAAAGCUUGGCGGGAGUUACUCAUCUGGAGGAGAGGGACAUCAUAGAGCUAGAGAAGUUCUUCUGGUCACUUCGCAACAACGCCCCCACGGGUCAACUAGACGACGAAAGUCUGGGGCCUCUUCUGUCACCACCAUUGCCCAAAUCAGCUGUGGCUGGGUUCUUCUUGGCUUUUGAUGAAAACCGAGAUGACCAUAUAGACUUCAAGGAAUUAUGUUGUGGGCUGAGUGCAGCCUGCCGUGGGCCAAGGAUAGAGAGAUUGAAAUUCUGUUUUAAAAUCUUCGACCUGGACCGGGACGGCGUGUUAAACAAGAAGGAACUCAUAGACAUGGUCGGGAUCCUGUGCACCGUCGCGAACGAGUCCCUGAAGCAGCAGGGCUCCAGGGCUUCGACCCCGGACGGGGACUCCGACGGGGAGAAGGGCUUCGACCCCGAGGUCAUCCUGGGGCACUUGAAGGAGAAGCUUAUCUCUGUCAGCAGGGAUGGGAAGCCGGUGUUUCAGCUGGGACCUGGGUCGGAGCAGGAAGACAUCGUUAUUAUUAAACAGGACCAACCUCAAACGGAAACCAUAAUUGCGUCAGACACAGCCCUGGCCCUAGAAGAUUUCCUGAUCUGGAGCGUGGAAGCAGCUGAUGCUCUGGUGACGCCGUUCUUAGACCUGGUGUUCGAAGUGUGCCACAUCGUACUAGGGCUACGGCCGCAGUGCAGACAUCGGGAGAGAGACAUCGUCCUCGGCUGGCUGCGUCGCGAGGUCCAACGCGGGUACUCCGUGGGCCAGUUCUGGUACCUGGUGGGGGCCGAGUGGUGGGGCAACUGGCUGGCCUACACCGCGGCCGGCUCCGAGGCCUGCUGCCGAAGCCAGCCGCGGCUGGACGAGGCCAUCGUCUGCGAUGAGAGCUUCACGAGCAACUCCACAGCGGUGUCAGUGACUGAGUCGAUGGGAUCGCUGCUGUGGCGGGACACGGGGUCGGUGGGGUCGGCCAGCAGCAGCGGCGUCAGCAGCGCGCACCACCAGCGCCACAACCACCCGGGGCCUGUCGACAACAAGCGGCUGCUGGCGCCGGACACCGCGCAGGUCCGCACGCUGACGGGCGAGGGCGGGCACCUGCGGCGCGACGUGCCGCUGUCGCAGAGCCUGGACUUCGAGCUGCUCCCCGACGCGCUGUGGCGCGCUGCGGCCAACUGGUACGGCGGCCCCGACCCGCUGCCCAGACAGGUGAUUCGUCCGCCAAAUUCAGACGUGGAGUUGGAAUUGUAUCCAUUGCAGUUGAAAAUAUAUAGACAUGUGUCCAAUACACAGAGGGCUCCCACAGUGGCGGGUGUGGCGGGUGUGGGGGGCGCGGGGGGCGCGGGGGCGCCGCUGUACAGCAGCGUGGCGCGCGCGCCCGCCGCGCCCGACACACAGCUGGCCUACACCGCCGCCUUCUCCCGCCUCGCCACCGUCAGGCAGGUUUGCGAGUUCCUGUGCGCGGCGCUGGGCCUGGCCCGCGAGGACAUGCGGCUGUGGGUGAUGGGCGCCAGCCCGGAGCUGCUGGAGGACGAGCGGCCGACGCUGCAGGCGCUGCAGCUGCUCAGCCACAGCCGGCUGCUGCUCGAGGUGCGCAACGCCGACCUCACCUGGCCCGAGGAGAUCACCGCGCUCAGUUUGGAGGGCGGCGGGUCUCGCGCGAGCGAGCGCCGCGAGACGCUGACCACGGCCGACAUGCCGGGGGCCACGGGGCUCCACAACCUCGGCAACACGUGCUUCAUGAACGCUGCGCUGCAAGCCUUGUGGAACACUAGUGUUCUACGGCGAUACUUCAAUAGCGGUAUGCAUCUUUACGAAGUGAACACGACCAACCCGCUCGGCACUAAGGGGGCGCUAGCCUUGCGAUUCGGCGAACUGUGCAAAGAGGUGUGGUCGCUGGGCGCGCGGUCGGUGGCGCCGCUGCGCAUGCGCUGGUGCGUAUCGCGUCACGCGCGCGCGCUGGCGGGCGGCGGACAGCACGACGCGCAGGAGCUGCUGGCCUGGCUGCUGGACGCGCUGCACGAGGACCUCAACCGCGCCGGCGCCGCGCACCGCCUCCACGCGCCCGACUCCGCCGGCAGGCCCGACCAGGUGGUAGCCGCUGAGGCCUGGGAACAAUACACAGCGAGGAACCAGUCGAUUAUUACUGAUUUGUUCUACGGCCAGCUAAAGUCCAAAGUGAGAUGUGACACGUGCGGACACGAGUCUGUGCGGUUCGACGCGUUCAACAUGCUCAGCUUGCCGCUGCCGAUGGAGUGUUACGUGCGGUUUGAAGUCAGAGUAAUGCUUCUGGACGGAUCCGUUCCGGUGAAAUACGGCGUGCGAGUCAACUCGGAGGGCACUUAUCUAGAACUGAAGAAGAAGCUUAGCGAACUGUGCGGACUGCCGGAAGAGUCGAUGCUGCUGGUGGAGCUGUCGGGCGCGACGCUGGGCCGCGUGCUGGAGGACGGCGCGCGGGUGGCGGGCGCGGGCGCCGCCGACCUCUGCGUGUACGAGACUCCGCCGCGCGACGCCCACCGCGCGGACGCGGACGCGGACGCGGCCGCGGACGAACACGCGCACAACGGCUGGUGUGGGCCGGAGCCGGACGAGGAGGUGAGUGCGCCCCGCGCCGCCAAUACUUCCUCACUCUGCAUGCCCGCACUCUUCUGCUUCAAGCGGUCGCGAUCGGAAAUUCUUAUGUCGCAGAGUCCGCCCACCGCCUUCUACGCGCAGUACACGGACAACCCGGGCAAAAGUCAGACGUUACCCAAAGACCUUCGGCGGACUGUCAGCAACUCGCCUACUCUUAGUGUCAAGUCUCUGAACGUGAAGCCGACCAGCCCAGGGCUGAAAGUCAAGUUUGGCUCGUCCCCGUCCAAUAUGUGCAGGAUGAACGAAGAAACUGCUCUCGGCCCUACCAACGGCAAGAUUCAGUACUUGGUGGCGGUACAUAGGAAGCAAUGCCGCGCGGACGCCUACUUUCUGCCGUCACAAAGAUGUAAGCCAGCAUUAUUCGGAGUACCAAUAUUGGUGCCACUGCGGGAAGGCAUGAGCGGAAGAGAAAUAUAUGCUUUAGUUUGGACGCAGGUAGCGAGGUUGCUAAGCGCCAGGCCGCCGUCUCACGAUCAGUCAAACCAUGCAACAGAUUGUGACGACAGCCUGGGCUACGAGUUCCCAUUCACGCUGCGACUGGUGAGCGCAGCGGGCGGCGGCGCGUGGUGCGGCGCGUGCGGCUGGCCCGCGCUCUGCCGCGGCUGCGCUCUGCCGACCUCGGCCGAGUCGCUCGUCACCAGCGGCCCCACUUCGCGCGUUCGGAAAAGGCCAAGCGUGAUCAAAGCUGAAGAAACCUUAGUUCGACCAGACUCGCCCAUAGACGCCGCGUGCGAGUCUCCCGCGGCCCGGGUUAAGCUGCAGCGGCAGGCCAGCACCCGCCACCAGGCUUACCACGAGGAGCACACAGAGAACGGAGAAUUGAAAUACCUAGAUCUGAGUGCGAUACGCAACUGGCGCAAGGUGAUGGUGGCCAUCGACUGGGAUCCCACCGCGUUGCAUCUCAGAUACCAGUCCACCAGGGAGAAGUCGUGGCGCGCGCACGCGUCGCUGCCGCAGAGCGCGGCGGCAGAGGCGGCGCGCGCGCUGGCGCUGGCGCAGUGUCUGCGCGCGUUCACGAGCUCCGAGCGUCUCGACGCGCGCUACGCGUGCGCGCGCUGCCGCAGCGCGCAGCCCGCCACCAAGAAGCUGCAGAUCUGGCGGCUGCCGGCUGUAUUGAUAAUCCAUCUGAAACGUUUUCAAUACGUGAACAACAAAUGGAUCAAAUCGCAGAAAGUCGUAAACUUUCCAUUCACGGACUUCGAUCCUACGGACUACCUCGCCUCAGUGCCCCAGGAAACCAUACUCAGGCACAUGGAGAUCAACAACAUCUCCAGGAGGCGGGAGUCCAUUAUGGACAUAAAUGAUCAUAUAUCUGAGAGUGACAGUGAUGAGGAAGGCGUGAACGAAGCGCCGGUGACGGCGAGGAAGGUGAAUCCAAAGACUGAGAGGCGGAAACGUGAGUCCAUGGAAGUCCGCGCGCGGGAGCGCCUGGAGUCCACGUCGCUGGCCGCCGCGCCCGUCACCGCCGACAACCUGCAGGACCACCACCAGCAUCGCCUGCUGCCCGGCUACGACCCGCUGCAGCUGCAGUACAGGCUCUGUGCGGUCGUGUCGCACAGCGGACAGAUGAGCGGGGGACACUACGUGGCGUACGCGCGGAACCCGUGCGGCGCCUGGCUGUGCUACAACGACAGCUCGUGCCGGGAGCUCAGCGUGGCGCCCGGCGCGCCGCCGCCCGUGGACCCCGCCGCCGCCUAUCUGCUGUUCUACGAGCGCCGGGGGCUCGACGGCGACCGCUAUCUGCCCGACGUGGCCGGGAAGGCGCCGCUGAGGGAGGCCGACGAGGACCCGGACGAUAAUGAUCUUAAAAAGAUGUGUGUUGUUAUGUAAUCGGUUGGGGUUUGUCUGCGAUGGCAAAAUAAUGUAAUUAAAAAUCCGUUCUGACAGACUGUAGAUUGGAGGCGUUCCUGUGAGAAUAGUAAUAAAUUGUAAAUCUAUUUGUUAACACAUAACUGAUGAAACAAACAAAAUUUCACUAUUUAAUGUUGAAUCGAGCAGCUUUCUAUUGUCAAUUCAAUAGUAUUUCCACAAUAUAAAAUGAAUUUAAUUAAAAAAUGUUCCAAUCGAAUAUGGUCUUGUCACAAAGAUUGAUUAUAAAUAGUUCUAAUGUGUUUUAUUAUAAAUAUAAAAUAACUCAUUAGCUAACAACAGACAGACUCUGCCGCUAUUUAAAUGUAGAUAAUUUGUUUUUUAUUAAUUUAAUUCUUAUAUUUUAUUGAACUUUGUUGCUAUGCAUUCCCGUGUAAUGUAUAUGUUAUUAUAUCAUUUGUAGGUUAUUAUUAAUUGAUUUAAAUCCAUUUUAAAUCAUGUUUUAUAGCGAUGUUUGUAUCUUAAUCACUGGGACACUUCGGCGUAACAGAUCUCACAAAAUAAAAUAACCGACAUUGUAAAACAUGCUAUUUAUUAAUAAAUAAAAUCAAUAUUGCAAUAUAAAAAAUUAUAUAAUUUAUUAUAUCUUAUACAUUACAAAUCGAAAUAUACUAAAUGCAAAUGUCACUUUGACAGUGACAGUUAUUUUUUUGCCCUGGCAACUAAAAUGUCGGUGUCCCAGUACUAGGGUCUUGCGGGGCAAUAACACCUGGAAAUGUUGGUUAUACGAAUUUGCAGGGCUGUUGGUGGACGCUAGGAUAGGAAUCACUAUUAGGGGGAACCAGUGCGAUGGCUGCGAUUCUUUAAACGUCAUUUUAUUACUUUUUAAUAAAAAAAAUAUUUGUUGUCUUUGAUCUUUAUUUUCGCAGAAUAUUGUAAAAAUGUUUUAUGUUAGAAAAGCAAAUAAUCUAAUAACUGUAAUGGAAGAAAAAUAAGUAUAAUAAAUAAUAUGUCUAAGUACGACACAGUUGUACUGCAUUUUUAAUACUAUGUACUGACAAUUAUCGUUACUCAAAUACCUAAUAAUGCAUUUGAGUAUAUUAGACUGCUAAUAUAAUUUGUCACAUCUUGAAGUUAGUUUUUUUGUUUCAAUAAAUCAUAUAUUGUGAUGUAACAACACAUUUUAUAAUAUCGCUUAUUUAUACAAAAGUCGAUCGCACGCCUUGAUUCGUAUCGAGACUGAUGUGAUGUAAUAUAACUGUAUUGUGCUAUAUAUUUACUCAUUGAUCUAUUUUGUAUUUAACUAUAGUUAUAGCAGCGAUGCCCAGGAUACUUUGCGCCGACAGAACGGGCUAUUUUUAGUGAAUUUACGUUAAAUUUGCUCAAAAGGACGCGAAAUAUCCUCGGCUUCCGUUAAUAUAUUCUUGUAAGCUGCACUGCGCAGAGUUAGAUAAUUAUAUGUUAUCCAAAUAAGUAGAAUUUAACAACGAUAUUUUAGAGCAUCGGCUCGAUGUGAAUAAAUGUGAAUGGAGUCCACGCGUUUAGCAUUCCCGUAAAGUAUAUAUUCGUCUCAAUUUGGAUGAUGCUGUUAGUAAAGUGAAUGACAUCCAUAAGAAUAUAAUAAAAAUAUUUUUUGUUAAUACCACAAAAAUAAUGUAUGUGAUUUGUUUGUGUUGUCGUAACAGUAUAACAAUAACAAAUAACUUGAAAUAUAUAUUACGUAUACUUUUCGGCGUUAUGAAGCUGAUUAUUUAAUUAGAUAUAUUUAUUCACUCAUAUCUGUGUCACUCUCUUUAUUAUCGGUAUAUCUCUAAUCGGGAGAUCACGCCACACAUCGCGAAUGGACUGGCACUAUCGAUACUGAUCGUGCAGCGGGCACAAUGACGCAAUGCUUGAUCUUAGUGAGAACUUGUGUAAGUAUUAGAGCAUAAUGUUAGGUGAUAUGUUGCUGAUAUUAUAUACCCACACAACGCUUUGAUGCAUCUAUAUUUAUUAGACUUCAAAAUUGAAGUACUCGCUUCAGAAUUGAAGUUCUCACUUCAAUAUUGAAGUUGAACACCUUGGUGUGGUAAGGUGGAAGGCAGGAAGAUGUAUCCACAUCAUAUAUUUAGUGUGUAUGUAUAUUUUUUUACGUUGUAACCAUGGAUGUGUCGUGCCAUCGAUUUUAUCUUCUAUACCCUAUGCCAAAGCUAUGUUGAAAUGAAAUUCUAAAUCGUUAUUCUUUUGUGGUACCAUAAAGCAAUUAAUUUAAAAAUUUGAGUGCGGACGCGGAUAUAUGAUUUCAUUCCACUCAUGGUACCGCCACUUCUUUCGCUAUCCUACCGUUGUUAGGCCAAGCCGAGUGAUAAUAUUUUCAUUAUGUUAGACUUCAAUUUAAUUUCUAAUUGUUAUUCCACGUUAAGUAUUGAAUAUCCCUGUGCAAUAAAUUUUUAUAUGUA